GGCUGCGGUUGAUUUUGAGCUCAUUCGUUAUCCAUCUCCUGCAACUAGUAUCAGACAUCUUUGUGUGCCUCUCUGUGUGGCUCUCGCAGUUACAGAGUCUCUGUCUCUCCUUCCCAAUACCCAUAACCUCAAUCCACACCUCUGAGUUUUCUUCUUUUGCUCUCUGGUUUUCUCGUUGAGUGAAACGUCCUGAAAUGCUGCGUGUGCUCUCUGUUUCUACUGAGCUGUUGUUGAGUUUGGAAUUGGCUGAAUGAGCUCCCAUGCCUUCACUUGCAGAGAUUGCUGUUGCUCAGCCUGCCUUCCAAAAUCAUCUGGGUACACUGAGGGCUCAAACCCCUCUUCAUGGUAAAGUAAUUUCAAGUUCAUUCACCUUUGGAAGUGACAAGAAACUGUCCUCUGCUUGGAAAUCUUCUCACAUACCUAAAAAGUUGAACUUCAACUUGGGGCACAUCAACAUCCCAAAGGCAGUUGCUACUCUUGAAUCCAAAAGUUCAGUUCAGAAUGAGGAUGCACACAUGGGUUACAACAAUUCACAGCUCGGCAUGGAUUCAAGUCCCUGGACAGUUGAACCCGAAUCUUCAAGUGAAGAUUCCGCAGAAUUGGAUGAGAGGGAGAGGUUAAGGCGAUUGAGGAUUUCUAAAGCAAAUAAAGGGAACACGCCAUGGAACAAAGGCAGGAAGCACAGUCCUGAAACCCUUCAGCUGAUCAGAGAGAGAACAAGGCUUGCAAUGCAGAAUCCUAAGGUCAAAAUGAAGUUGGUGAACCUUGGACAUGCUCAAAGUAACGAGACAAGAGUUAAAAUUGGGCUUGGAGUGCGAAUUGGGUGGCAAAGGCGGCGUGAGAAGCUAUCAUUGCAGGAAAAUUGCUGCUUUGAAUGGCAGAACUUAAUUGCUGCGGCCUCUAGACAAGGCUAUGACGGCGAGGAGGAACUGCAAUGGGAUUCCUACAAGAUCUUCGAUGAACAGCUUAAAGAGGAGUAUUUAGAGAGUGUUGAACAAAGGAAGAUAAUGCGUAGGCCAAAAGGAAGCAAGAGAGCACCCAAGUCUCUCGAGCAAAGGAGGAAGAUUUCACAAGCAAUCUCUGCAAAAUGGAAUGAUCCUGUAAGUACAAAUAUGGAUUAUCGGGAUCGUGUUUGCUCUGCCUUGGCUAAAUAUUACGACUCAUCAUAUGGAGCUGAAAGAAAGCCAAGGAAGAAGCCAAGUAGUACUACACAGUCCACAAGAAGGAGCCCUGCAAAGAAAAAAGUUAGCGAGGAAGGUGACAUUAAAAUCCAAAAUCAACGACUGAGGUUGAGGAGAAGUAAAGAACCCAUGUUUAAGGAUCCUCUGACAAGUUCUAAGAUGGAGAUGAUAAAAAAUAUCAGAGCACAAAGAGCAGCUGCUGAAACCAAAAAAACUGAAGCCAUAGAAAGAGCUAGGUUAUUGAUUGCUGAAGCUGAGAAGGCAGCCAUGGCCCUUGAGGUUGCUGCAAGAAAGAGCCCCGUCGCUCGAGCUUCUCUCAUUGAAACCCGACAGCUUAUAGCUGAGGCAAUUCAAUUUAUUGAAUCUAUUGAGACAGCACAGAUAUCUUCCCAUGAGAAUGAAGAUUCUUUAGUUGCAUCAAAUCAAGUGAUUAGUCAGGAUGAGAAGGAAACAUAUACUGGGAUUGGGGGUCUGACUGAAGCUGAGAAUCGAAGGGUAAAUGGCACCCAAACAUUUUCUUCCCAAGAGAAUGAAGACCCGUUAUUUGCAUCACAUGAAGACCCUUUACUUGCAUCAAAUGAAGACCCUUUAUUUGGAUCAAACGAAGCGAUUAACGGUGAGAAGGAACCAUGUACUGUGAUUGCCGGUCCGGGUGAAUUGGGGGAUGUAAAGGUAAAUGGCACCAAAACCUUAUCAUCAAGUAAGGACGAGGACUCUGGCUUUGGCAAGUUCACCUUGGAGGACAUGCUAAAUGGUGAAGAGGACCUUCCCCCAUUGCAGGAUAUGCUAAAAAGUGAAGAGGACCUUCCCCCAAUGAGCCCCAGUGGCUAUGGUUUGCCUCCAUUUAAUUUUUCGGAUCUAAUAAAGCAAUCGGAUCAUGACCAGUUAGCACCAAAUGGGAACAGUGAAAACAACAUGGAGCUUCAACUCAAUGGGACAAAAGUUCAAUCCCAAGAAGGAGAAACGCCUUCUAAAUCGGCUACUGCAACUAAAAAGUGGGUUCGGGGGAGGCUCGUUGAAGUAGGAGAGGAAGCGUAGUGCAGGUAUAGGCAACACCCACAAACUGUGGUGUAACUUUUGUUCCUCAAGAAUCUCAACUUUAGGGCUCUAUGAGGCAUGUCUUGAUCACAUCUGCGUCUACCAAACAACAACAGCUCUCGUCAUUUGUCAAGGUGGCUAUUGUUGUUCUCACAUAGAGUUCAUACUUAUUUGUCGACCAUGAUUGUUAUAUAUGAUGCUGAUAAUAGAGUUAAGAGUUUCUUUGGCCUCCCAUCUACAUUGUCCCGGUACCAACAAAGAAUUGCAUCUGUAAUCUUAUUUGAUAUUGAAUGUAGAUUAAAUUUAUACAUUUUUACUAAA